GACCGAUCCACCCCGCCAUGCCGCCAAGCAGCUCCACCAUGCUGCGUCGCCGUGACGCUCCCCGUCCCCUGCGCCACUGUGGAGCUCCCCCGUGCUCCCGUGUUGCGCCACUACGAUGCUCCACCGCGCCCCCGCGCCGCGCCGCUGCGACGCUUCACCGCGCCCCCGCGCCAUGCUGCUGCGACGCACCAUCGUCGCGCCUAAAUUCCCCCCUUUUCCCAUAGUGACGACGACCAAGGUUUCAGGCGACCACCCUUGCUGAGCGAGGCAAAUCGCGAGCAGCCACGGCGUGCCGGCGGAGCCGUGAUCAGAUUCUCACCACUGACCGGCAUCGCCAUACCCACUCCAAGGAUACGUGCCCAGCCUUUGACCAUUGACUGAUGACAAUGUUCCAGGCUCUUGCGGCAUCGCCAAGCCGACUCCGCCCCGUCCCUAGCUGCUCCAGCUCGACGCCUCCACUUCUCUCACCGUCGGACGCUGCUCCGCCCUCACUGGUCGCUGCUGCUAAUCUGAUGCGUUGGACGCUCGGCUGGACAGUGAGGGAGCAAAGGAUUUAUCUAGGACCUAAAUUUGACAGGUCAAAGUUGUUCUGUUUGUUGCUGGCUAGCUUCACGGUGACAGCGUGAACUUUUACACUGUCUUCAAUUUCGCAAUUAUAGCCUGCAUUCUACCAUGACAAUCUGAAGUUAUACCAAGAAUAGUUGACAUUUUUUCCAGUUAUUCACUUGCUACACAAUGGAGUAGAUGUUUCUAAGUUUCUGAACUUUGUCUUGAAGUAUGUUUCUGUUUAUAUGAAGGUUCGGAUAUUGGGUAAGAUGAUGAGGCGUAGUUUUUUUCAUGAGGAGAUAAAUUUCGAUGUUGACGAUGGAACGGGAUGUUUCCAUGCUAUACUCUGGUAUGGUAUAGAUCUGUGUUUUGUUGUGUAGAUUUUAGUUAUUUUCCUUUUGAUAGUGUUGGCUACCAAGUUCGACAGUGUUGACAGGUUCGACAGUGUUGACUGACUUUGACUGUAAAAGUGGCAUGCUUCUUUUCUGCAACACAGUAUGAGGAAAAAAUUGGAUUACUAAUA